AGUUCCUGGCUGCAGUCUACAUGCUGCACUGUUACACCAACAGGAAACACAGAGGUACUGAAGGACUUCCUGCAGGGAGACUAUAGCAACAGGUAUAACAGUGAUCAGGAUUACCCAUCCCUGGAUGUCUUCCUGGAGGGAGCCAUGAAGAAAUCCCUCAGAAGUGAAAAUGGCCACCUGGACCUGUUUGUCCGCUUUCUCCACGGCCUCUCUUUGGAGUCCAACCAGAGACUGUUAGGAGGCCUGCUGGGUCGCACAGACAACCGUCCAGAAACCAUCCAGAGAGCCAUCAACAACCUGAAGGAGAUGCACAGUAAUACAAUCUCUCUUGACAGGAGCAUCAACAUCUUCCACUGUCUGACAGAGAUGAAGGACCACUCAGUCCAUCAGGAGAUCACAGAUUUACUGAAGUCAGAGAACACAUCACAGAUCUACGUGUCUUCUCUGGCCUACAUGCUGCAGAUGUCAGAGGAGGUUCUGGAUGAGUUGGACCACGAGAAGUACGAAACAUCAGAGGAGGGACGACAGAGAGUGAUUCCAGAUUUGAUGAACUGCAGCGAGGCUGUAUUUCCUAACUGUGGAAUCUCAGACUCUGACUGUGAAGUCGUGGCCUCCGCUCUGAAGUGCGACCCCUCCCACCUGAGAGAGCUGGACCUGAGAGGCAACAAGCUGCAGGAUUCAGGAGUGGAGAUGCUGAGUUCUGGACUAAAGAGUCCAAACUGUAAACUGGAGUCUCUCAGUCUGAGGCGCUGCAGGUUGUCAGAGAUCAGCUGUUCUGCUCUGAUCUCAGCUCUGAAGUCCAACCCUUCACAUCUGAGAUAUCUGGACCUGAAACAAUAUAAUGCAAGCUGA